AUUCACUCCGCCACGCCUGUGCUGAGCACUUUGCUUUCUCGUCGCCGUUACCCUUUGAAAGGGGAACUUAAGGACAAGAGACGUUUCCAUGGAUGAAUUGCAAAAGCAAUGGGAGGGAUGCAUUAUGAGGAUUUGCUGAUCAUCAUUGCAAAAUGAGCUGUGCCUUACGGGAUACCAUGUAGGCUAAAUUGUCGUUUGGAAUCAACACUUUCACCACUGAGGAAAAAGUUCAUCAUCCACAGAUGCAGCUUCAUCAAACUUAAUGUAUGACCAUGGAUCAUGAAGAGGUGCGGACAGAGCUGGACCAGAUUUCGGAGCGGCUUCAGGAGGAUGGCUUGCCUCCAGGGGCCAGUGUUGAGGAGCGGCAGCGCCACCUGUGGCAGCAGCUGCUCGACAGUGAGACAAAACUUCGAUCAGCCAACCAGGAGUUGCGGACCUUACGUACCCAGCAGGCCAAUGAGAUGACGGAGGUGGAGAGCUAUGUUGCACAUAUUCGUGGGCUGCUGGAGGAGCGUGAGUGUCUGACUGCAGAAUAUGAGAGAGACAAUGAACACUUGCGGCAAGAGCUUCACCACAUGAGACAACAACAAGAGAGUCAGAGCAAGGAGCUGGCAGAGAUGUUGGCUCAGGAGGACCUUGGGGAGAUGGGUUUAAGCAGCCCCAGUGAGCAGGUGGCUUACUUGUUGGUGGAAAGAGCCACACUACUGGAAAGGCUAGAGGCUGCUGAGAGGAGACUGAAAAGUCAGAGCCUCACUGAGGUCCAGCACCAGGAGCAUAUUUGCCACACGAUGGGGGAGGAGAUAAGGCAGCAGAGGGACGAUAUGCACAGCAUAAAGACCAUAGAUAACGUGACAAAGCAGUGUUCAUCCCAGAGUCCACUGAAGAAGCUGUUUGGGCUGCGCAGGUCUGGUCAGAGCAAACACAAUAUUACCCCUGCCCACAGUGAGGAGAUUGCCCGGGAGAGAAAUGAGCACCAGCGGCUUGAGCGAGACCUGGAAGAGGCAUCCAGGAGGCUGGCAAUGGCUCAUCAGGAUAUUCGCAGACUCACCAAUGAGCUGGACGUUGCCAAAAACAACAACCCAGACCCAAGUGGAUCUGAGCUUCAGGGAACAGUCCAAGAAGUAGAGAACCUGAGGAAGGAAGUGGACAAACUGAAACACUGUGAUAUGAUGAAGCUGCAGCGAGCCAAAGAGCAAAAUGACAGACAAGAUGCUGAGAACAGAGCUCUAAGGGAGAGGGUCCAUACUUUAGAGUCUGAGAAGAAAAAUCUCUUGGACCAGUUGGCAAUAAAUGAUGCCGACAGAGAUGUCACCAAAGAAGAUGGAAUGGACAAGAGUGAACCACAAACCAAUCUGUCUGGCCAUGAAAAGGAUUACAUUCACAAACGAUGUCGUGAGGCGAUGGAAGACGGGCUUGUGCAGGUGAGGGAGCUGCAACGGCAACUCCAGAGACUACGCAAGGACCAGGAAGAGCUGGAGGAGAGGAACGAGGAGCUGGAGGCACUGCUGGGGGAGGCCCAGAACGCCAGCAAGGAGGAGAGGCAUCGCCACGAGGGAGAACUGGAGGGACUCCAGAGGAGGAUCAAAGGCCUGGAGGCAGAGCUUAAGAAGCAGGACACCCAAGACAAAAUGUUGAAGAACGGAGAAGAGAUGAAACCCACUGAGUCCUUCUUACAGCUGCACCUAAGGGACAGCAGCCAGGAGAGGUUGGCCCUGCUAGAGGCUCGUCUGACUGAGGAGAAGGACUGGAGGAAACAGCUGGAGGUAGACCUCAGUGCUGCCCAGGCUGCCCUCAAAAAAGACAAGGAGGCUUUGCAGAUAGGUGAACGAGAGCUGAAGAAGCUGAGACUUGAGGUCAACAGACUUCAGACAGAAUGCCAACAAGGGAAAACACUCAUCAAGAGCCUCACCCAAGUCAAGGGGGAAAAGGCAGUUCUGGAAGAAAAGGUGGCCCAGAUGGAGCGUGCCCACAUCCGACUCCAGAGUGAGCUGGAACGCUACAAGGAUGGUCACCAGACCCAGGAGGACCUCAGGGAAAACAAGCUUCAGGUCGACCAGCUUCAGGAGCAGGCCGACGGGCUAACUGCCGAACUCAGCAGCCUCCAGACAGCGCACAACACCUUAAGAUCUGAGAUGGUUUCUGAACGGCUGCAGACUGCUGAGCUCCGGGCCAAGCUGAGCUCCAGUGUCCAGGAGAAACUGACAGCUGAGGGGGAAAGAGAGAGACUGGAGCUUGAGAUACAGCGCUUCAAAGAGCAGCUCAAGUGGCAUCAAGAGCAGCUCUCCUCUACAAAAGAAGCACUUAAUAGCAGCCAGACGCCUGAACUGCACACAGCUCAUGUAGAAUCUAGGCUAAGUCCAGUGGAGAGGAGCAAUGAUGAGUGCUCGCAUCAGCUUUCAUGUCUGAAGCAGGAGCUGAAUCAUCUGCAGACCAAGUUGGGGGAGGAGCGGCAGCUGGCCUCACAGCACCAACUGGCCCUGCAGGCUCAGGCCAGUGAAGCCCAGGCACGCAUCAAGUCCCAGGACUUAGUGCUGAGCCAGAAGGCAGACGAGGCAAAACAGAUGAAGCAGGACCUGCAGAGGGCCCAGAGCCUGUUCACCUCAGCAGAAAGAGAGCUGCGCUACGAGAAGGAGAAGAAUAUGGACCUGAAGAGACACAACACCCUGCUGGACCAGGAGAAACUCAAGGUUUGUGCAGAGCUGAAGCAGGUCCAAACCAAACUGGUCCAGGUGGAGCAGAGUGUCCACACUCAGGUGGCCGAGUGUGAACGUCAGCAACAGAAAAUCAGGGAACUGGAGUUGGAACUGGCACGUAACUCCACAAACCGCAGCGCCACCACCAGUCUGCAGGAGGACCUGCAGGCCGAGAGGGCACGGCUCAUUGCUGCUGACAAGAAGCAGGUGUUGGAGCUGCAGCAGCAGCUAAAGAGUGCCCAGCACCAGCUGCGUGUGGAGGAGGCCCGGGCCGGCGAGAGCAGCCGCCUGGAGAGGGACAGCAGGGAUCUGUCUGACACGUUGUCAGCCCUGAGAGCCAAGCAGCAGGAGGAACACAUCACUAGGAGGUUGUUAGAGCAACGUGAGGAGGAGCUGCAACAGCAGGUGCGCUCAUUGAGGUUGAAAGAGGCCUCCAUGACCAGGACAAACGCAGAGCUGAGCCACCGUGCUCAGCAGCUGGACACCCAUCUGGCCGUCCUGGAGGCUGAGCUUAGCAAGGCCAGAGAGGAGGCAAGAGACAGCCAGAAGUCCAGCCACCGACUGCAGGACAACUUGGUGGCCAGUCAGCAGGAGUGUGAGAGACUGCAGGGGGAGCUGCAGCAAGUUCUCCUCCAACUAGACACACACGUCAGGAAGUACAAUGAAAAGCAGAGUCAGCACAAGACCAAGCUCCGUCAGGCCAAGCAGGUCUUUCUCAAGGCAACUGCACAGAGGGACCACAUCAUCCAGAAACUUGAGAAUGACCUGGUGCUGGCCUCCAGCCUCUCACACAAGGAGAAGGAGAGGAUCCAUACAGUGACGGAGGAAAAUGAGAAACUUUUGGACGAGAAGAGGGAGCUAUUGCGGAAGAUAAGCGAGGCAGAGGAAAUGGGUAGCAAAGGCAUGAGGACCGCCUCCACUGUCCAACACAGAGUCAACGUCUUAGAGUUGGAAAACAGACAACUACAGGAUCGAACGCUGAAACUCUCCAAUCAAGUCAGCUCCUUAGAGCGUGCCCUGAGGAACGCCCAGUCGUUCUACAGCUUGGAGAAUACCAAGAAAGUGCUUCCCUCUGAAAGUCUCUAUGAUGGCAUCCUGCAUACAUCUACUCUAAGUCUGACGUCAGGCUCAUGUGACCCAUUGGACAUCCUGGACGCAAUCUGCCGUGUGAAGGUGGACGGCACCCGGGCGUCUGUCUCCACACACCAACCAUCAGAGCAGGGCUACCUGAAUCUCACCUCCCCAUUGGUUCCUCCAGACAACAAAGGCACAGAGGAGAGGUCUAAUAACAGUGACCAGGUAUGAGAGAUUGCUGUCGGUUUGCAACAGCGAGCCACCAGCAAAGACGAGUGUCAGCAUCCGCCCCCUUCCACUGGAGACAAAAGUCAGAAUAAAGGAGUGAGAAAACCUGUAGAAUGCAAAUAAUCCUUUUAAAAAGGCAGUAAUACUGAAAGAGAGCUUCCACUGCAGUUCUGCUCAGGGUGAUAUCUCAAAGCAGAUUAUUGUUUGGGUUGCAAGUACUGUUUUUUUAGUUCAUGUUCAGACUGAGGGUGAACAUUGUGGGAAUUUGUUUAAAGAAAAGAAAAGGCUGUACAAGCGGCAAUCAAAUAUGUUUUUAUGACAUAUUUAGGAAACAGGGUGUAAUAGGAGAUUUGAUUUGGAAGCUAAACAUGUGGCACAAUCUUGCUUGUAUGCACAAAUGUGUGCAUACGUCUGGGAAGUUGGUCAGUUGGUCACAUCAGCAGACCAAAGCAGAUCAGAAAAAUUGAAUAUAAUUAGGUACACACAUUAACCUUUUACUAUUAUUAGCAUGCAUAUUAGUAGCACGUUGGCUCUUUAUUAGUAAUUAUAAAACACUUAUUAAUGCCUUUUUCUCGGGGUUAGAGUUAUUAAGAUCGUAAUUCAUAGGGUAUUGAGGGAAACCCUUAGUUAAUGGGUGCUUUAUAAUCACUAUUGAGUAGCCAAUAUACUAUUAAUAUGCAUGCUAAUAGGCAGCUAGUUAAUGGUGAAUAUGUGUACCUUAAUAUAAAAUGUUACUGAAUUAUAUGUAUUUUUUAAUGUAAUGAUAAAAGUUGUUUCAUGAGGGAGAUUUGAAUGAGAAUAGUUUAAACUGAGCACUUUAUAAGUUUUAUGUGGGUUUACAUUUUAGGAAAUGUAGCAGUGGACUACAAUGAUGGGUAUAAUUCCAGUAUAUCAAUGGUACGUAUUUUCCUCCAGUUAAACUUCAACUUGGCAGUGUUUUCAAUGAAAAAACGCCUGUGGUGUUGUAUCUUUCUGGUUUUACUGCAUCAAAAAAGAAAAUCUCGUAACACAUCAGAAUUUUUACAAGUUUACAAAAUUGUACUUCUAUUACAUUGACAAAACUGUGGACCCACUUGUCCAAUAAGAGAUUGUGUGGUAAACAGAGUCUGAAUUGUGGGUCCUUUCUGAGAUCUGUCACUCUAAUCGCUUGUCAGCUGUAGCCACUUCAGUAUUUACAAUGUACAGCUUCUUGUAGUUUAAAAAACAGCCAAAAUGAAAAGCCACAGAAUUCCAGGAGCUUUUUUUUUGUCUAUUUCAAGCAUCCUGAGCAGUUUUUUUUUACAUCGGUCAACCUCAGUGGUUUCCUCCAGGGACACUCAAUCAGAAAGUAGUUGUACAAAGACGUGUGUGUGACAUGGGAGUAAAAUUCACAUUAACCAUUUGAUACCACUAUUAUUAUUUCGUGUCAAUAAUAGAGUUGUACACUGUCGAAACCAAUGUCUACUUUGUCUUCAAUGUGCCUGAAAUGAUGAAGUGUUUAACUUCAUCUUGCUGCUGCAUGAAUACGUCAAAUAACAAAAGCCUAUUUACGACAGACAUGGAAACUGAGAUCUAACGGACAAGAAACAUUUGUUGUAUCUGUGUAAAUACAUUUUUAAACAUAAAAAUAUUUUCAUAAAUAAAAAUGAAUAAAUAACAAACUUAAUGCUUGAU